AUAAGUUAUAAGGGAGGGGUAUUGAGGCAGAUAUUUAUAGCCACACUUACAAUGAAGAAUAAUUAUCCUUUCCCCCUCUUUUCUCUCAGGCAAUAGACACCUCAGGGUCGCCCUUCGCUCUUUCCACAGCAUUUACAAUUCAGUCUCUUCAGAGCGGUCCUUCAGGCGAGACGAAAUAGACGCUCUCAUUGGCCAGUUUCCUUGUCGGUCUGUCCACUUCGAAGGCGAUUGGCAUGUUUCGAAAAAUCUCUCUGGUCCCGCCUCCCUUGCCUCAUUGGCUCAUUCGAGCAGGCCUCUUCAGCAGCUCAUUGGUAGAUAUAAAUUACCAGCCACGAUUGGUUGUUCUGGACGGAAAGGGAGUCAGUGAUUGGCUUAUCUGAUUUUGGGCGGGUUUCCGCCGGUUCAAAGCAGUGCCAGGGAACUCGCCUAACCGCCGCACGGCUGUGGAGCAGCGGUUGCGUCUGCUCGCGUCUCGCGCUCCCUUGUCGCCCCCGUCGGUUUAGCCGCUUUCGGGGUUCUCGAGCCCCUUCACGACCGUCACCAUGGAGUUGUCCCCGCUGCAGCCUGUGAAUGAAAACAUGCAAAUGAACAAAACGAAGAAAAACGAAGAUGCCAAGAAAAGGCUGUCCGUUGAAAGAAUCUAUCAAAAGAAGACGCAGUUGGAACACAUAUUGCUCCGCCCAGACACCUACAUUGGCUCUGUGGAAUUAGUGACCCAGCACAUGUGGGUUUAUGAUGAAGAUAUUGGCAUUAACUACAGAGAAGUCACUUUUGUUCCUGGCUUGUACAAAAUCUUUGAUGAGAUUCUGGUUAAUGCUGCGGACAACAAGCAAAGGGAUCCAAAAAUGUCUUGUAUUAGAGUCACAAUUGACCCAGAAAACAAUUUAAUUAGCAUAUGGAAUAAUGGAAAAGGAAUUCCUGUCGUUGAACACAAAGUCGAGAAGGUGUAUGUCCCAGCUCUCAUAUUUGGUCAGCUCUUAACUUCUAGUAACUAUGACGAUGAUGAAAAGAAAGUAACAGGUGGACGAAAUGGCUAUGGAGCCAAAUUGUGUAACAUAUUCAGUACCAAAUUUACUGUGGAAACAGCAAGUAAAGAAUACAAGAAAAUGUUCAAACAGACAUGGAGGGAUAACAUGGGGAGGGCUGGUGAGAUGGAACUCAGGCCCUUUAGUGGAGAAGAUUAUACAUGUAUCACCUUCCAGCCCGAUUUGUCUAAGUUUAAAAUGCAAAGCCUGGACAAAGAUAUUGUUGCACUGAUGGUUAGAAGAGCCUAUGAUAUUGCUGGGUCCACUAAAGACGUCAAAGUCUUUCUUAAUGGAAACAAGUUGCCGGUAAAAGGAUUCCGUAGUUAUGUGGAUAUGUAUUUAAAGGACAAGUUAGAUGAAACUGGCAACCCAUUGAAAGUCAUACAUGAGCAAGUUAACCACAGAUGGGAGGUGUGUUUAACAAUGAGUGAAAAAGGCUUCCAGCAGAUUAGCUUCGUCAAUAGCAUUGCCACUUCGAAGGGUGGCAGACAUGUUGAUUAUGUAGCUGACCAGAUUGUGACCAAACUUGUUGAUGUAGUAAAGAAGAAGAACAAGGGUGGUGUUGCAGUAAAAGCACAUCAGGUGAAAAAUCACAUGUGGAUUUUUGUGAAUGCCUUAAUUGAAAACCCAACUUUUGACUCUCAGACAAAAGAAAACAUGACUUUACAAGCCAAGAGCUUUGGAUCAACAUGCCAAUUAAGUGAAAAAUUCAUCAAAGCUGCGAUUGGCUGUGGUAUUGUUGAAAGCAUACUGAACUGGGUGAAGUUUAAGGCCCAAGUUCAGUUAAACAAGAAGUGUUCAGCUGUAAAACAUAACAGAAUCAAGGGAAUUCCCAAACUUGAUGAUGCCAAUGAUGCAGGAAGCCGAAACUCCACUGAGUGUACACUUAUUCUGACUGAGGGAGACUCAGCCAAAACUUUGGCUGUUUCAGGCCUUGGCGUGGUUGGGAGAGACAGAUACGGGGUUUUCCCUCUUAGAGGAAAAAUACUCAACGUCCGAGAAGCUUCUCAUAAACAGAUCAUGGAAAAUGCUGAAAUUAAUAACAUCAUCAAGAUUGUGGGUCUUCAAUACAAGAAAAACUAUGAAGACGAAGAUUCAUUGAAGACGCUUCGUUAUGGAAAGAUAAUGAUUAUGACUGAUCAGGACCAAGAUGGUUCCCACAUCAAAGGCUUGCUGAUUAAUUUUAUCCAUCACAACUGGCCCUCUCUUCUACGACAUUGUUUUCUAGAGGAAUUUAUCACUCCCAUUGUAAAGGUGUCUAAAAAUAAGCAAGAAAUGGCAUUCUACAGCCUUCCUGAAUUUGAAGAAUGGAAGAGUUCUACCCCAAAUCAUAAAAAAUGGAAAGUCAAGUAUUACAAAGGUUUGGGUACCAGCACAUCAAAGGAAGCUAAGGAGUACUUUGCAGAUAUGAAAAGACAUCGGAUCCAAUUUAAAUAUUCUGGGCCUGAGGAUGAUGCUGCGAUUAGCCUAGCCUUUAGCAAAAAACAGAUAGAUGAUCGGAAGGAGUGGUUAACUCAUUUCAUGGAAGAUAGAAGACAACGGAAGUUACUUGGCCUUCCUGAGGAUUAUUUGUAUGGGCAAACUACCACUUACCUGACAUACAAUGACUUCAUAAACAAGGAACUUAUCCUGUUCUCAAAUUCCGACAACGAGAGAUCUAUCCCGUCCAUGGUGGAUGGUUUGAAACCGGGUCAGAGAAAAGUCCUGUUUACUUGUUUUAAGCGGAAUGACAAGCGAGAGGUGAAGGUUGCCCAGCUGGCUGGCUCAGUGGCAGAAAUGUCUUCCUACCAUCACGGGGAGAUGUCACUAAUGAUGACCAUCAUCAACUUGGCUCAGAAUUUUGUGGGUAGCAAUAAUCUGAACCUCUUGCAGCCCAUUGGUCAGUUUGGUACCAGGCUGCAUGGUGGCAAGGAUUCUGCUAGUCCUCGAUACAUCUUCACCAUGCUCAGCCCUUUGGCUCGGUUGUUAUUCCCACCAAAAGACGAUCACACGUUGAAGUUCUUAUACGAUGACAACCAGCGCGUGGAGCCCGAAUGGUACAUCCCUGUCAUCCCCAUGGUGCUGGUGAAUGGCGCCGAAGGGAUUGGCACUGGCUGGUCCUGCAAAAUCCCCAACUUUGACGUUCGCGAAGUUGUAGAUAACAUCAGGCGCUUAAUGGAUGGAGAAGAACCUUUGCCAAUGCUCCCAAGUUACAAGAACUUCAAAGGUACAAUUGAAGAGCUGGCUCCAAAUCAGUAUGUGAUUAAUGGUGAAGUAGCUAUUCUGAAUUCUACAACCAUUGAAAUCUCAGAGCUUCCCAUCAGAACAUGGACCCAGAUGUAUAAGGAGCAGGUUCUAGAACCCAUGUUGAAUGGCACUGAGAAGACACCACCUCUCAUAACAGACUAUAGAGAAUACCACACAGAUACCACCGUCAAGUUUGUUGUGAAGAUGACUGAAGAAAAACUGGCAGAGGCAGAGAGAGCCGGACUACACAAAGUCUUCAAACUCCAAACCAGUCUCACCUGCAACUCUAUGGUGCUCUUUGACCACGUAGGCUGUUUAAAGAAAUACGACACAGCGUUGGACAUCCUAAGAGACUUCUUUGAACUCAGGCUUAAAUAUUACGGAUUAAGAAAAGAAUGGCUCCUAGGAAUGCUUGGUGCUGAAUCUGCCAAACUGAACAAUCAAGCUCGCUUUAUUUUGGAGAAAAUAGAUGGCAAAAUAAUCAUUGAAAAUAAGCCCAAGAAGGAAUUAAUUAAAGUUCUGAUUCAGAGGGGAUAUGAUUCAGAUCCUGUGAAGGCCUGGAAAGAAGCCCAACUAAAGGUUCCGGAUGAAGAAGAAAAUGAAGAAAGUGACAGCGAAAAGGAGACCGCCAGGGGUGACUCCGCCGCAGGUGCCGGGCCGACCUUCAACUACCUCCUGGACAUGCCGCUGUGGUACCUGACCAAGGAGAAGAAGGACGAGCUGUGCAAGCAGAGAAGCGAAAAGGAGCAAGAGCUGGACGCACUGAAGAAAAAGAGUCCGUCGGAUUUGUGGAGAGAAGACUUGGCUGCUUUUGUGGAGGAGCUAGAGGCCGUUGAAGCCAAAGAAAAACAAGAUGAACAAGUUGGACUUGCUGGGAAAGGAGGGAAAGCAAGAGGGAAAAAAGCACAGAUGGCUGACGUUCUCCCUUCUCAACAAGGGACAAGAGUCAUUCCUCGAGUUACCACAGAGAUGAAAGCAGAGGCAGAGAAGAAGAUUAAGAAGAAAAUUAAGAGUGAAAAUACUGAAGGAACCCCUGCGGAGGACAGUGUGGAACCGGAAAGCCUGAAACAGAGACUAGAGAAGAAACAGAGAAGAGAGCCAGGUGCCAGGGCAAAGAAACAAACUACCCUGCCAUUUAAACCUGUCAGAAAAGGAAAGAAGAGGAACCCCUGGUCUGAUUCUGAGUCGGAUAUGAGCAGUAACGAAAGUAAUUUUGAUGUCCCGCCACGAGAAAUAGAGCCACGGAGAGCUGCAGCAAAAACCAAAUUCACAAUGGAUUUGGAUUCAGAUGAAGAUGUCUCCGAUUUUGAUGAAGAGCCUGAAGAGGAUGGUUUUGUCCCGUCAGGUGCCAGUCCUCCUAAGCCCAGAGCUCCCCCAAAACUUAUUAAAAAAGAAGAACCAAAGCCACAGAAAAGCAUCAUGUCAGGAGUAAGUGGGCUGCAGGCUGAGGCUGCAGAGGACCGGGAGCCACCUGCCGACCUCCCCGCCGGGACUGAGGCUGCAAAGCUGCCUCCCCAGAGAAGCGCAGCCCUGAAGACCGCAGGGAGAGGUCAUCCUUCUGCCUCCAUUGCCGGAACCAGGAAGAGGGCAGCGCCAAAAGGGACCAAAAGAGACCCCGCCCGGAAUUCUGAGGCCUCUCAAAAGCCUGAUCCCGCCAAAACCAAGUAUCGACGCAAAAGGAAACCAUCCACCUCUGAUGAUUCGGAUUCUACCUUUGAGAAAGUCAUUUCUAGAGGAGCCACGAGCAAGAAAUCCAAGGCGGAGAGCGAUGACUUCCAGAUGGCGCUGGACUCGGCUGUGGCUCCUCGGGCAAAGUCCGUGCGCGCAAAGAAGCCUAUAAAGUACCUGGAGGAGUCCGACGACAACGAUCUGUUUUAAACCGCAGUGACUGUUCGGAAUGGUCUUACUGAGCCCAAGACUAGUGUCACAGUUUCCUUAAGGUUUUAGUCCCCUUCCGGGAAGGUAUUUUUAUUUUUAUUUUUAUUUUGGUGCCGGGGAUCAAACUUGGGACCUCACGCUUGUGCAGCAGGCAGCGGCACCGCUGAGUUACAUCCCUGGCCCCGGGAAGGUAUUUUUAAAGCAGGGCCUCAUCCAAAAACCAGGACCUCGGAAGGAAGGAAGUGGGGCCGAGGCACCAGCGCUGGCUCGUCUCCAGGCACCGUCAUCUCUUCCCCUUUUGUCGUUGUUUUUUCGUGUUUCUUUGAUCUGUAAAUGUGUUCCUCUCUCCCGAACCUGGCGAGUCACCAGCCCCUUCAGCAUGGAACAGCUAAAACCGGGCACUUCGAUCCCAAGCGCCCCUCUGCCCGGCUCCCAACUUCACGCACUGACCGGAGCACCCUGACCCCAGCUAGCGUCCACCUCAUAGCACUUGACGGUUGCAGUCGGAGCACUCUCCGCCCGGCCGCUCACGUGCUGAACUUCUUUCUGUUUAAACGAUGAAAAACUGCUCGUAUCCUUUGAAAUUCGUUAGAGACUAAAGAAAACCACGCUGGCUGAGUCUGCGGGACCCCAUGCGGAGGGCAGGCGGAGGAGUGGCCGCUCUGGCUGGCCGGGCAGCAUGGGUGGCUGCGGCACUCACCUCCCCGACACGCUGGUGCCACUUGACCUUCUGGGAAGCCCAGGAUUCCAGCCUAGAAACCUCAAGACCUGCACUGUUCUGUGUGUUCCUUGCUGGUGUUGUGGAAUUUUCUGUAAAUAUUUACUGUGUCUUUCUAGUUAUCUCAUUUCCAAAAAUUUUAUACUGUAAUAAAAUUAUCUAAACAUCACAACUUAUCUUUGCCCUUUUUAAAAACCUG